AUGCAGGAUUCACCCAGCUCUCUGGUGAUGGAUGGAUACUCCAGCAAUGUGCCAGCCUUCCUAACCAAACUCUGGACGCUGGUGGAAGAUCCUGAAACGAACCAUCUCAUCUGCUGGAGUACUAAUGGCACCAGCUUCCAUGUGUUCGACCAAGGACGCUUUGCCAAAGAGGUGCUGCCCAAGUAUUUCAAACACAACAACAUGGCCAGUUUUGUCCGACAGCUGAACAUGUACGGCUUCAGGAAGGUGGUGAACAUCGAGCAGGGGGGUCUCGUUAAGCCCGAGCGGGACGACACCGAGUUCCAGCACCUUUGCUUCCUGCAGGGCCACGAGCACCUCCUGGAGCACAUCAAGAGGAAGGUGUCAGUAGUGAAAAGUGAGGAGACAAAGAUGCGCCAGGAGGACCUCAGCAGGUUGCUAUACGAGGUACAGAUACUGAGAAGUCAGCAGGAGAACAUGGAGUGUCAAGUGCAGGACAUGAAGCAGCAAAAUGAAGUUCUUUGGCGGGAAGUUGUUUCUCUCCGGCAGAACCACUCACAGCAACAGAAAGUGAUCAACAAGCUGAUUCAGUUUCUGUUUGGCCAGCUCCAAUCAAGCCCUAGCAGCACUGGGAUAAAGAGGAAGCUACCUCUGAUGCUUGACAAUGGGAUCUCAGCUCCACAAGUGUCCAAGUUCAGCCGGCAUUUGUCUACGGACCCCCUCCAUGACCCCUAUUUCAUACAGUCGCCAUCAACAGAACCUGCCUCUUGCUUAAAUAGCCCUGCAAUUGCUGGAGGACCCAUCAUAUCUGAUGUUACUGAAGCAUCACCAUCCAACAUAAUAAAUAUGCAAUCCCCUCCUGAAAAUGACAGAGAGAAGUGCCUCAUGCUGAUCAAGGAAGAGCCAGUCAGCCCUGGAGUGAAAGCCACCGCUGAGCCUGAUGUCCCGCUGCCAGGCUGCAGGGCUUGCUCUGAGCCCCCUGUGCUCCCAGUUGCUAUGGUUCAGUCUGUUUUGGAAGGCAAAGGGAGCUGUGGUGCAGCCCCACCAGGGACCUCUCAACCAGCCGAGAGAAGAGGCAGAAGGGCAUUGCUGGACAGAACAGAUAUUUCAGACCCGUUGGAGGGCACUGACUGGAGCUUGGAAGGGCUGCAGCUGCUGCUGAGGAGCCAGCAGUACGGCCUGGAGCCCGCCAGCCUCUUGGAUGUCUUUAAUCCUAAUUUAUCUCUGAGUGAGUGGAAUUUGACUGAAAUGGAAGCCAGUCUGUCCCCGAUGCAGCGACUCACAGUGGAUCUGGAGAAGAAUGCAACUGAGCUGUCCUCAAAAGUGUUCAACCCACCGUUUAACAACGUCUGCCCAGGGAAAGAUGUCAUUCUUGAAAGUGCCCAGCAGUUCCUCAUUGAUCGUCAGUCAAUCUUUGGAAACGACCUCAUCAGCUUGCCUGAAAGUUCAUCGCUUUAUGUUCCACCCGAAAAUAUGGCUUCCUACCUGUCCUCUGUGGGUGUCCCAGGGGAUACCCCAUUAAACCUGAGCUCUUCAACUGACAACAACCAGUGA